UCUUAUGUCACUAUUCUCACCCAAUUAAACAUCGGCUGGAUCACUUUUUCGGCUCAAAUCAAGUUGGAAAAACUACUGCAGACUCUUUAACUUGGACAUAACAGCACCAAUGGAUACUAUUAUAGCAGCAUCUGUGGCAAUAUGCUCCCAUUUUACUAAUGAACACAUGGAAACUGUACAACAGAAGGAGGUGUACAGUGAUCAUGGCGGACGCUAAGAGAAUGACAACCGGGCCGGACUGCAUCUAUUCCACCAUCAACAGGUUAAAGAAAGGCUGUCUUGGUGAGAAAAGUGGUUUCCAUAUUGCUUCAGUGGAAAACAAAGGGGCUGAGCGCAAACAAGAGGGGACACCAAAACUCCCCUUUACCCCAUUAGACAACCUGACUAACCAGUGGGAGGAAUCACCCAUGAUGGCUCACAGAAGGCCGACCUUUGACCCUCACAGCAAUGAGAAUGCUCCCUUGGUGGGCAACAAGCUCCCCAGAUCCAAUGGAGGCAAUAUCAAGGACAAGAUCUCCCUGUGGGAGGGAAAGGAGCCUGCUCAUUCACCUGUUACCUCAGGUUCCUCGGGCCAGUGCAUAAAAAGGACAGAGUCCCUGACAAAAAGCAACAAUAAAACUACUGUUGAGCAACGUGUAGAAAGUUGCAGGAAAGUAGCCCACAAGGAAAAGCAAGAUCUUGAGAAAGAGAAUGUGGGAAAACUUGGAGAUUCAAGGCCUUGCUCACCAGUUGAAACUGGGAAACAGCAAAGAGGGACAGUCAAGACUAACAAGCCAAGUGAGAAUAAAAGAGGAGAGGAUUGUGGCAGAAUAGCCCACAAAGAAAAGCAAGAUCACGAGAAGGAGAAUGUAGAAAAGCUUGGCGACUCAAGACCUUGUUCGCCCACGGCGACGGAGAAGCAGCAGGUGGGGACGUUGAGGAGAAGCAAUGACAAGAAAACAUCCGAACAACCCAGUCAGGAGAAGAGAGCCGUGUUCACUCUUUUUAAAAAGCUGGAGGCUUUGGGAGAGAACCAUGGGAAAACCCCUCCAGAGCUCGGAAACUAUUUCACCCCACCAAGCAAGGACAAACAGGUGGAGGUGAAGAAGAAAGAAUCUGAAUCUACUGGUCAAAGUAGCUCAGGGAAAUCCUCUGCGACCAGAGAAGGGAAGCAGCUACAGGAGAAUGUGUACACAGAGCCGGGGACGCCCCCCAUCAACCCAGUCCCCAAACCCCAACGCACCUUCCAGCACCCUGCUACCAUCCACACGGGGAAGAGUCAGAGGCAGAGGAACCUCCCGCCACUGCCCUCAAUCUCCACACGAGCUUCCUCAAAACCUCCUUUAGGUGUCUACGGGAGACCGCGGGGUGAGAGAGUCCGAGACAACAUCAACAGGAAAUCCUUUGAGUUUGAAGACAUUCCAGGGUCAAAUAGCCCACUCUUCUCUCGAUCGCUGUCUCAGGAGCAUCACUAUGAAGACAUCCUGGACUCGUCCAAGGAGAACCCAUAUGAGGACAUCGAGGUGGAGAGUCAGUGCUCCCAGCAGUCUUUGCCUUCCUCUCCUGGCGCUGAUACUACCAAGGUCUCGAGACCCGGCUUCUUCAGGCAGAAUUCAGGUAGGAGCUUCAAGCUGCUGGACCUGCGGAGAACCAACCAGCAGAUCCACCGCACCGGCAGCGGUGCUGGUGUUUCAUCUCCACCCCAGCUCAGCCCUCCCACCACCCCAACUGGGCCUGAACACACACCAUGGCUCACUGGGGAUCCCUACAGCCGCACCUGCCGUAGGAUACCGACGGUUGUUCUGAGGAUCAACAGCGUCUUUGAAGCUCGGAUCGGGAAGAAACAUCUAAGGCGGAUCUAUCAUUAUGCUGAGACAAGCUCAGGGAGAGUGACAGAUGAAAACAGUGACUCUGAGAGUGAGGUGGAAGAAAGAGCAAAAGCUCAUCGUCAGCGGUUGGUGUCAGUCCAGUCCAUACUGAGCCAGCCGAGCCAGACUCAGUACAAUGGUACCAACACCAGAAGUAGGUCCCUGGAACAGCGUCAGCUGUUUGAAUAUUUCCUGGUGGUGUCGCUGCAGAAGUCGAAGGCUGGCGGUCACUAUCUGCCGGAGGUCACACAGCAGUUCCCCCCUAAGCUGGAGCGGAGCUUCAAGUUCAUGAGGGAGACAGAGGAUCAGCUGAGGAUCAUUCCUCAAUUCUGUUUCCCUGAUGCUAAAGACUGGGAGCCCGUGGAGAAAUACCCAAGUGAGAUGUUCUCCUUUGUUUUGACUGGAGAGGACGGGAGCAGGAGGUUCGGAUACUGCCGGCGUUUACUGCCCAGUGGAAAAGGCAAACGUCUGCCAGAAGUCUAUUGUAUUGUCAGUCACCUCGGCUGCUUCAACCUGUUCUCCAAGGUGUUGGAUGAGGUGGAGAGGCGGAGGGCUCUGUCUCCUGCUCUGGUGCAGCCGUUCAUGAGAGCCAUCAUGGAGGCCCAGUUUCCAGCUCCGGGCAGAACCAUCACCGUCAAAACCUUCCUCCCCGGCUCAGGCACUGAGGUGAUGGAGCUCUGUCGUCCCUCUGACUCCCGCCUGGAGCAUGUGGACUUUGAGUGCCUGUUCUCCUGUCUGAGUCUGCGGCUGCUUCUCAGGGUGUUUGGCUCUCUGCUGCUGGAGCGAAGGGUUAUCUUCACUGCUGACAAACUCAGUACUCUGUCCCAGUGCUGCCAUGCCGUAGUGGCGCUACUUUACCCGUUUGUAUGGCAGCACACCUACAUCCCUGUAUUACCCUCAGAGAUGCUCGACAUUGUCUGCACCCCGACCCCGUUCAUCGUUGGCCUGCUUUCCAGCUCGCUGCCCCAGCUCACUGAGCUGCCCUUGGAGGAGGUUCUGGUUGUGGAUCUUGGAAGUAGUCGAUUUCUUAGACAGUUGGAUGAUGAGGACUCCAUCUUACCCUCUAAGCUUCAAUCAGCCCUAGAGAACGUUCUGGAGAGGAGAAGAGAGCUCGCUAAUGAAAGAGGAGGAGAUACACCCAGUGACUCUGGCCAUCUCAGCACUGUUGUGUCUGAGGCCUUCGUCCGUUUCUUCGUGGAGCUGGUUGGCCACUAUCCGCUAUUCAUUAUCAGCGAACGGGAGGAUGGCUACUCUUCCUCGUCCUCCUCCCCUGUCCCCUGCUCCUUCCAGCAUGAGGGUUUUCGCAAAGCAAUCCCGUCUAAGACUGUGCGUCGCUUCCUGGAGGUCUUCAUGGAGACCCAGAUGUUUGGCUGGUUCAUCCAGGAGAGAGAGCUCCACAAGCAGGCCCUGCGAGGGCUGUUUGAAGUGAGGGUGCAGGAGUAUCUAGACUCCAUCCAUGAGAAUGAACACCGGCGGGUUAACAGGUUUCUCAAAGGCUUAGGAAGCAAAAUGAAAUUUCUGUCAAAGAAAUAAUGCCUCUAGAAUUGCAUAAAAGGAGACAAAUAGAAGCACUGAAAUAAGCAAAGACUGAUUACCAAAUUAACAUUUGAAGCAUUUUUUACUCACCAGUGAGUGAAACUGAGGGUUUUAGUUAGGACAUGGGGUGGCUGCAAUGAAUCAUAAGUUCAGAGGAAGAUGCUGCUGUAUUUCACAUGAAGACAUUUGGGACAUUCCCUCUAGGUCACUGAGUGGUUUGAUGAGUAUGACAAUGAUGUGAAUCAUACGCUAUGGCCUUCACUGUCACCAGAUCUCAAAAGGUGUAAUAAAGUUUUUCUGUAAAUCUGUAAUUUCACUUGAAAGUUCAUGGUCACAGUAUUUUCUGAAUCCAUUAGGGGGCAGUAGUAUAUUUUCUCUGAUGGGAUGAUCUUGGCACUGACAAUCACUGACCAAAAAUGACAUAUAAUGCAUCAUAACAGU